AUGCAUUUCUCUACGCUUUUACUGCCAAUUGCGGCCUCCUUGGCUGCUGCGGUCCCAACUUCCAGCGGAGCAACAAGCAAGCCUACAGUCGCUCUUGACUAUACCACUCUCCAAGCUGCUGCUGGAAACAGUACCCUCGGAUACUACAAAUACCAGAACAUUCGAUUUGCGGAGGUCCCAACCGGAAAACUGCGCUUCGCAAAGCCUCAGUGGCCUUCGACCGAGACCGGCAUCAACAAUGGCACAACAUACGCCACUGCCGAUGUCGACUGCUCAUCCGAGGAAGACUGCCUCUACAUGGAUGUCUGGGCCCCAGCCAAUGCAAAGGGCAAGAAGCUACCCGUGAUGGUCUGGACAUAUGGUGGUGGAUUUACCGGCGGCUCGAAGUCGGAGAACACACCCGAAGGUCUUUUCGACCUGUCGAAGGAAUUCAUCUUCGUCUCUUUCAACUAUCGUCUCGGAAUCACCGGCAUUGCGAACUCGGUGACUGCCACUCACCAGGGCGCCACCGAUAACGUCGCUCUGUACGAUGUCGAGCAUGCUUUCAAAUGGGUCCAGAAGUAUAUCAGCAACUUCGGCGGCAACCCGGACGAUGUCACUUCUUUCGGCUUCUCCGCUGGUGGAAGUAUGCCUCUCUUCAUGAUAACUCGCUAUGGCGGUCACAAUGAGCAGCUCUUCCACAAAGCCUACGUGACUUCCCCGGGCUUCGUCCCCGGCGCCGGCCACCACCAAGGCGAAGUCUUCUGGCAAAACGUCUCCACAGCCGUCGGAUGCACUGGCGGCGACCUUGCCUGCAUGCGCAGCGUUUCUUUCACCAACUUGACCGAUGCCGCGACCGAUGUCUACGACGACUACGGCUACCAGUUCCAGCCCCGUGUUGACGGCGACUUUGUGGCCGACACGUAUGAGUCUCAGCUUUACCAGGGUCGAUUCAACUGGACCGGUCCGUUGGUGAUUACACACGAGCAGCACGAGAACAACGGCUCGCCGACUUCGGGCGUGAACACGACCGCAGAUGUGGAGAGCGAACUCCGCGCCUUCUUCCCCAGUAUCACCGAUGAUGUCGUCAAGGAGAUCAUGGAGCUUUACCCUGCUUCUGAUUACUCAAGCCCCGGGUACAGAUUCGCGGAUAUGAGGCAAUCUUUUGACCUUACUGCUCACGACUACGCUGUCACGCGCGCUCUCAACAAUAACACCUGGAAUGCAAUGGUUGCCCUUGAGCAGGCUACUCACGGCACUGACCAGAGUUACUACUGUAAGAAACUCUUCAUAUGGAACCCCCUCGAGUCGAUUUAA